GAGGUCUACAAACGAAAAGAUUUGCGACAAUUGGUGUCUUCUCACCGUAGAGUUUGCGACCGUGCCCUCAACGGCAAUGGCAAGCGUGACGGAUAGCGGCAGUGAGAAGAUGGCGGAGGAGGAACGGAAUGCCAAUGCUGAUAAACUCAAGGAGAAGGCGAAUAAUUACUUUAAAGAGAAAGACUAUGAGAACGCAAUCAAGUACUACUCGGAGGCGAUCGAGCUGAACCCUGCCAAUGCCAUCUUCUUCAGCAACCGCAGCUUGGCGUACCUGCGCACCGAGUGCUAUGGCUACGCUCUGGCCGACGCCACGCGCGCCCUGGAGGUGGACAAGAACUACAUCAAAGGGUACUACAGGCGGGCCACCUCCAACAUGGCACUGGGCAAGUUCAAGGCUGCCCUCAAGGACUACGAGACGGUAGUGAGGGUGAGGCCCAACGACAAGGAUGCCAAGAUGAAGUACCAGGAGUGCAACAAGAUUGUGAAACAGAAGGCCUUCGAGAGGGCUAUUGCCGGUGACGAGCUCAAGAGAUCGGUGGUCGACUCCCUAGACAUUGAAAACAUGACGAUUGAGGACGAGUACACAGGCCCCAAACUAGAGGAGGGGAAUGUCACGAUGAAGUUCAUGAAGGACCUGAUGGCCUGGUUUAAGGACCAGAAGAAGUUGCACAGAAAGUGUGCCUACCAGAUGCUGAUCCAAGCUAAAGAGCUUUUAUCCAAGCUUCCUAGUCUUGUUGAGAUUACACUUAAAGAGACAGAGAAAAUGACCAUUUGCGGGGACACACAUGGUCAGUACUAUGACCUCCUCCACAUUUUUGAGCUGAAUGGUUUACCAUCUGAGACCAACAUCUACCUGUUUAAUGGGGACUUUGUUGACCGCGGCUCCUUCUCCGUGGAGGUCAUCGUCACACUCUUCGGCUUCAAGCUGCUCUAUCCCGACCACUUCUUCCUGCUGAGGGGUAACCACGAGACGGACAAUAUGAACCAAAUGUACGGCUUCGAGGGCGAAGUGAAGGCCAAGUAUACAGCGCAGAUGUUCCAGCUUUUCAGUGAGGUCUUCCAGUGGCUGCCACUCGCACAGUGCAUCAACGGCAAAGUGCUGGUGAUGCACGGAGGCCUGUUCAGUGAGGAUGGAGUCACCCUGGACGACCUCCGGAAAAUUGAGAGGAACAGACAGCCACCAGACUCCGGUCCUAUGUGUGAUCUCCUGUGGUCCGACCCUCAGCCUCAGAACGGCCGCUCCAUCAGUAAGAGGGGCGUGAGCUGCCAGUUCGGGCCGGACGUGACGCAGCGCUUCCUGGAGCAGAACAAGCUGGACUACAUCGUGCGCAGCCAUGAGGUCAAGGGUGAAGGCUACGAGAUCACCCACUCAGGGAAGUGCAUCACCGUGUUCUCAGCGCCCAACUACUGUGACCAGAUGGCAAAUAAAGGAGCCUAUAUCCACCUCAAGGGAUCUGACCUCAAGCCAGAGUUUCACCAGUUCAAUGCUGUGCCUCAUCCGAAUGUCAAGCCCAUGGCGUACGCCAACACCUUGAUGCAGAUGGGAAUGAUGUAGAGGCCGUCGCGUCGGGUCGUGUCUGUCUCCGUGUGCUGAUCCACAGCUGGUCAGCAGCUGGUCACCUGCUCUCCUCCGUUCACUGUAGACCCCCCCCAACGCACCCCACCCAACCCCCAGACAGUCCCUGCAGCCAGUAGUCACACACACACACACACACACACACACACACUCAUUCCAGGUUUGGUAUUAGUGGGGUCUUUAGCAUACACACAAACACACACACAUACGUGCACACACAAAAGACAAAACAACAUAGACAAAGGUGCGCACACACACAUACCGGACUCAGUUUACAUAUUGUUGUGUUUCAGGAAGUGGGGUGCCAGUUCUGGGUAGCCAAGGGGUUGACCGAGUGCUUAUCAAGAUGUGUUGGCAAAAUAGGAACCUACCCUUAUUUGUCAAUAUAGCCCCUCUGGUCCAGAGUAUGGAGGGGGUGGAAAAGUCAGCCUGUCUUUCUCGUCUCUGAUCUGCCCUCCCUUCUUUUCUGCCUUUGUUUGGAGCUGCUAGGCUUUGAAUGGUUCCAUGGCUUGAUUUUUCUCAGCUGUAAGGUCGCACAGCUAGAGCUGGAUUGUACCAAAGAUCCGAUUUGGAUUGAUGGGGAAGUAAAUAUCAGACCCCUUCCCCUAAACGCCCCCCCUGAUCCCCACCCUUCUCAUUUCCCUCAUCCCUACAUCCACCCGCCUGUGUCUAAUCCUGUUCCGAGCUCGCCUGAAGCCCCACCCAGCCCAGCAGAGAGAUGGAGUAAUGUGUGUCUGUGAUUCCGUAGUUUUCAGAGCCAUAAUUUGCUGCCAGCAUUUUUCGAUUGACUGCAAUUCAAAUAAACCUGUGCUUUCAAUGUUGCAAGACCAAGUUAUCUCAGGAGAAUGUUAGACACACACACAAAUGUCAUCCGCGAGAGCUGGUUUCAACUCGGCUCAGUCCCCCUCUCUUUUUGUUAUCCGGGCUCUCUGUCACAUCGAGAUAUACAUUUUAUUCUCCAGUUUUUGUGGAGGGAGUGAGAGUAGGCCAAAACAUCCAAAUUGUGCAGAGGUCCAAAGAACUGACCUGUCUUGUAGUAGCACUUAACAGUUCUUCGCACUAUCACCUCUCCCCCCUGAACCAGCUCGUGGGAACAACACAGUAUUACCACUCAGUGCAUCUCCGUUCUGUUGGCAGCUAUCACACACAUCUCUCUCCCUCCCUCCCUUCUUCCUUACCGUCUGCCCUCUUCCUCUUUCAUCUCAUUUUAGUACGCACCGAUGACGCUCCUUGUCCCUCAGUGUAUGUGUGUGUGUUCAACAGUGUCCUCGGCAGUGUAUGUACCCCAUUAAAGACAAAUGAGCAGACGUCCACAGAGACACCCCCCCCCCCCCCCCCUCUCGCUGUCUCUAUCUCUCUCUUCCUCUCUCUCUCUUUCUCUAUCUAUCUCUUCCUCUCUCUCUUUCUAUUCUCUCUCUCUCUGUCUCUUCAAAAGCGCACAGCAGUCGAUCCCCAUGCUCCCCUUUUUAGAUAAUAUAUACACAAAUGUGUAUGUAUAUAUACUGUAACAUUAAAUGAGAUCCUGUGUACAUGUUUGGAAAAAAAAACGUUAUUAAAAAACACCAGUCCAUUGAUUUAAAAA